AACAAGCUUGAAAGGGCACCAAUUUGAAACAGGCGUUCCUGUUUGCUUGCGACUUGGAUUUACUGCCACAUUGCCAAAACAAUUGCUUCAAACUGAAAUUAACGUUAGUUGUCAAGUGGUUGAGGUAGACUCAUAUCUGCAAAGAAAACUGCUUUAGUUUGCCCUGGGAGGAUAUUGGACAUUUUAGUCAACCUGCCUAGCAGUUUAUGCUAGUUUACCUGGUUAGCGUUAAUGCUAAGCAGCAAAUGGUCUAACUUCGACGUUAAUCAUCAGUCAUUGAUUAACUAAUCCCGAUUAGGACCAGUUAACGUUAAGGUAAAAACUAAAAUGCCUUCCCGUGUUGAUGAUUAUGAGGUAUUGUACACAAUAGGAUCUGGAUCAUAUGGAAAAUGUCAGAAAAUACGGAGAAAGUCCGAUGGAAAGAUUCUCGUUUGGAAAGAACUGGACUAUGGUACCAUGGCGGAAGCUGAAAAACAAAUGUUGGUGUCAGAGGUGAACCUGUUGCGGGAGCUGAAGCACCCCAAUAUUGUUCGCUAUUACGACCGCAUCAUAGACCGUAGCAACACGACGCUGUACAUUGUAAUGGAAUACUGCGAGGGAGGAGAUCUCUCCAGUCUAAUCACAAAGUGCAUCAAGGAGAGACGGUACCUAGAGGAGGAGUUAAUCUUGCGGGUGUUGGCACAGCUGUCCUUGGCUCUGAAAGAGUGCCAUCGGCGGACUGAUGGGGGCUGCACCGUACUGCACCGCGACCUUAAGCCAGCCAACAUUUUCCUUGAUGCCAAGCAGAAUGUUAAACUCGGAGACUUUGGUCUGGCACGGAUCCUCAACCACGACACAAGCUUUGCCAAGACAUUUGUGGGCACACCUUAUUACAUGUCGCCGGAACAAAUGAACAGGAUGUCAUACAAUGAGAAAUCUGAUAUUUGGUCUCUGGGCUGCCUGGUGUAUGAGCUUUGUGCCCUUUCUCCCCCUUUUACUGCAUACAACCAGAAGGACCUGGCAGAGAAGAUCCUGGAGGGCAAAUUCAGACGGAUCCCAUACAGAUAUUCAGAGGAGCUCAACACGUUUUUGUCAAAGAUGCUCAAUUUGAAGGACUACCUGAGACCCUCGGUGGAAUCCAUCCUCCAAAGCAGCUUGAUUUCCGAGAUGGUCGCUGAGGAGCAGAGGAGGGCUCAAGCUCGGAACCGGCGGCGGUCCGCAGUGGGCCAGGGCAACCCUGAACGGCCCAAGACUCCGGCGGCCCACGAGCAGCGCGGCUCUGCUGGAACAGGAGUCGCUGCAGGGGCUGCCAUCGCCGCUGCCUCGUCAGAGCUGCGUCUGAGGGUCGAGGUGCUCCGCGAGCGUGAGGUGGCCAUCAAGCAACGUGAGGAGAGACUGGAGAAAAGAGAGCAAGAGCUCUGCGCUCGUGAGCGGCUUUGUAACGAGAAGAUGGCCAGGGCAGAGAACCUACUGAGGACCUAUAACCUCAGUAAACAGCAGAGGGCGCACUCUCCUUUCUCCAGGUCUCCAGAUGGAGAGGAAGAGAAUAUCUCUCCAGGAAAAAAAAAGGUUCACUUUGCUGGAGACAGCAAGGAGAACCAACUUCCAACAAAAGGGAGGGAGAAACCUCAGGAUGUGGCACUCCGAAAGAGGCUGCAGGCAGCCAACUUGCGGGCCGAGGCCUUGGGUGAGGUGGAGAGGACCCUUCAGCUCAAGAGCCGGCAGAUUCUGGGCAUCCGCUAGCCGCGAGUGUCCUCCCGAAACCCGAAGACGACUUUCAAGUGCUCGCUCACAAUGGCUUCAGUCCUUAAUCGAUGGGCAGGG